GGCUACUACCGGAAGUGCUGAAGCUAAAACGGAGCUUGAGAGGUUCGGAGCCAUCCUUCAGGCUUUGGAAAGUGCGGAAGUGAUCGCAUUUUCGCUGGUGCUACGGCUAACCUCUACAGCGCUCUGCACCCUUACUGGGGUGGGGUCCGACCUGCCUCGUUCUCAGGUCCUUUGGCUCCUGUCUCGGAAAGGCUGCCUCCAGUUACGCGAUGCCCCCGUUCGGACUCCUGCACAUGAGGGCCUGGGUUUCACUGUUCAACCAGCUCCUGCGGCCGUCCGGUCUUGUGUGCAUCAGGGAGGUCCAUUUUCAUAGCCAGGUUUCAGAGGCAGUGUUAACAUCCCAACUGAAACCACAUCAAGAGAAAUCAAAUUUUAUUAUCAAGACACCAAAGGGCACCAGAGAUCUUAGUCCCCAGCAGAUGGUUGUGAGGGAGAAAAUUCUUGAUAUGGUUGUUGGCUGCUUUAAACGUCAUGGAGCAAAGAGAUUAGAUACUCCAGCAUUUGAGCUUAAGGAAAUGCUCACUGAGAAGUAUGGAGAGGACUCUGGGCUAAUCUAUGAUCUGAAGGAUCAAGGUGGAGAGCUAUUGUCCCUGCGCUAUGACCUUACUGUCCCUUUUGCUCGUUAUCUGGCCAUGAAUAAAGUGAAGAAGAUGAAACGCUACCAAGUUGGAAAGGUGUGGCGGCGAGAGAGCCCAACCAUAGUCCAAGGCCGCUACAGGGAGUUCUGCCAGUGUGAUUUUGACAUUGCUGGUCAGUUUGACCCUAUGAUCCCUGAUGCAGAGUGUUUGAAGAUCAUGUGUGAAAUCCUAAGUGGGUUGCAGCUGGGGGACUUUCUCAUUAAGGUCAAUGAUCGGCGGAUUUUGGAUGGGUUGUUGGCUGUCUGUGGUGUUCCUGAAAGCAAGUUCCAUGCCAUCUGCUCCUCAAUAGACAAACUAGACAAGAUAUCUUGGAAUGAUGUGAGACAUGAGAUGGUGGCAAAGAAAGGCCUGGCUCCUGAAGUGGCUGAUAGAAUUGGUGACUAUGUCCAAUGUCAUGGUGGGGUGUCCUUGGUAGAGGAAAUGUUCCAGGAUUCUAGACUAUCCCAGAACAAGCAGGCCCUAGAGGGCUUGGGGGACUUGAAGCUGCUAUUUGAAUACCUGACUUUAUUUGGAAUUGCUGAGAAGAUCUGUUUUGACCUAAGCCUAGCUCGGGGACUGGACUACUAUACUGGAGUGAUCUAUGAAGCGGUGCUACUACAGACCCCAGCUCAGGCAGAGGAGUCCUUCAAUGUGGGCAGUGUGGCUGCUGGUGGACGCUAUGAUGGGUUGGUGGGCAUGUUUGACCCCAAGGGCCGCAAGGUGCCGUGUGUGGGGCUCAGUAUUGGGGUGGAGCGAAUCUUCGCCAUUGUGGAACAGAGGUUGAAGACUUCUGGUCAGAAGAUACGGACCACAGAGACUCAAGUGUUUGUGGCCACACCACAGAAGAACUUUCUUCAUGAACGGUUGAAGCUAAUUUCAGAGCUUUGGGAUGCUGGGAUCAAGGCAGAGCUGCUGUAUAAGAACAACCCUAAACUACUAACUCAACUGCACUACUGUGAGCACAUGGGUAUUCCACUGGUGGUCAUUAUUGGUGAGCAAGAACUGAAAGAAGGGGUAAUCAAGCUUCGUUCAGUGGCCAGCAGGGAGGAGGUGGCCAUUAAACGAGAAAAUCUUGUGGCUGAAAUUCAGAAGACACUAUCUGAGUCUUGAUCCUUGCCUGCUUGCCAUCUGCUGCUUUUUCUAGAGGAUGUUUCUUCUAGGACUGAGUUCCUGAUGGAAUUCACAACUGCUGGCCAGGAUCGGUGACAAGUUCCUUGGCCUCCUCCAUCCUUUCUGGGUACAGAACUGUAGGAGGCCCUGAGGACUCCUGGGCUAGUGAGAGCAGCUAUUCUGCGUGGAUGCAGAUGGCUGGUAUGUGAAAGAGACAUGCUCUAACUGCAGAGACAGAUGGCAGAUUUGAAGUGCCAUUGAAUGCUGCCAAGAGGUGCAGAGAUGGUUGCUUUGAGCAAGGCUCUAGGAAAGUUGCCUCAGGCUAAGACCAUUGAGAUCAGACAGAUACUUGACCUUCCACUAUGGCUUCUGAACCAGAUUCUGGGAAAUUUGUCCACAACCUGCCCUUGGCUUGUCCAGGGAGUUUUGGGAGACAGCAAGGAAGGGGAAAAUGGCUGCUUUCUCCUUUGUUUGAGGACAAAUAUGCUAUCCUAAGGGCACAGCAGUGCUCAUUUUGAUGUGGCAUCUCUCUAGUCCAUCCACUGUUAAUAGAGUGAGGCUGUCUGUUUAGUAAUCUUGAAUGUUGAAUUUAAUAGGUGACUGACAAAAUGGUCUAAUCUUUUGAGAUUUUGGAGACCAUUUCUUGUGCCAGAAUUACUGCUUGACUAUAUUCCAUGUUCUCCUAUGGAGGUGGCUGUUCUAGAAGUGAUUGGAUAAUAUAUUAAAUAAAAUAUUAUAUAUA